AUCGAGCGAGCAAGAGUGACAGUCCGUCCCGUUAGCGGUAUUUUCCGUUCCGCCGGCGGCCGCGCGUCCGCGGCACUCGUCCUCACCCCGGGUCUCGCCUCCGAAGACUCCGCGGGCGAUCCGCGCCAGCCUUCACGUCGCUUCGCCGCUCGCCGCCCGCCUGCCCCGCGCAGACGGGCGCUCGUCUGCCGCCGGAGGCGCGCAUAACCUCAAUCUCGGUGCGCGGCGCCUCCAGCUCGAGGGGGAGAAUUCCGCUCCACCUGACGGAGAGGACGGGGCGAGUGCACUCGGCUCUUUAACUCGGGGGAGAGGGUUAACCGACCUCGGGGAUUAACGCGCGCGAGGGCGCGCGCGCCCGCGCGCGCGCGCGUCGCAGUGUGCGCCUCGUGAUCUCGCGCUCCGAUCUCGCCGAUUCUCCGUGACGCGACGCGGGGCCGCGCGCGCGUCUGCUCCGGCCUGCCGCCGGGUUAAAGGAGUUUGACAUUUAGCGCGAAGCGCCGCGGUAGGGUCGACGUGGCGUGUGCGUGUACGUGUGCGUGUGUGCGUGUAUGUGUGUGUGAGCGCGCGUACAUGUGCCUGUGUGUGCACGUAGGUACCAGCACGGCGGCAGCGAUGUUGCUCCUUUCGACGUCGCUGCACACCCCCGGAAUCAAUAAUCGCGUUGCAUAAGCGACGAGAACGUCGCCGUGCCCUCGUCCUCGUCGCCGUCAUCGUCAUCGUCAUCGCCGGGCGUUCGUUCAGGUUUCCCGACUCGCGCGGCCGCCGCGUAUCGAUUGCCGUCCGCGCUUCGAUUCCCGGAGCACUGCUGAUCGACGAGAGAGAGAGCUGCCCGUGUGCCGUGCACGCACGGCCGUCGUGCAACGAUGCGCGCUGCACACCUCGUGACGCCGUUGGCCCUCCAUUCACUUGGAGGCCAGUGGAGCAGCGACGCCAGAGAAUAAUACGAGCUGUGGUAGCCUUGCGGAAGCGUAACAGUAGUUGGCUUCGGCCAACGAAGGCGACAGGGAUAUCAUGGCGACGAUAGACGGCCGGCCGGCCCAAUAUGGUGUCACGCUUAAGCAACUCCGCGAGCUCAUGGAGCUCCGGGGUCGCGAGGGUGUCAGCAAAAUCAAUGGCUACGGUGGUGUGCAGGAGAUUUGUAAAAAGCUGUAUACUUCACCCAAUGAAGGUCUUAGUGGGUCAGCAGCAGACAUACAACAUAGGCGAGAUACAUUUGGUUCCAAUAUGAUACCUCCAAAACCACCAAAAACAUUUUUACAGUUAGUAUGGGAAGCAUUGCAAGAUGUCACGUUAAUCAUCUUAGAAGUAGCAGCAUUGGUUUCAUUAGGUCUUAGCUUUUAUCAACCUGCUGAUGAUGAGGAAAAACCGGCUUCAGCAGGAGUAGAUGAGGACGAAGCAAAAUACGGUUGGAUUGAAGGACUCGCUAUAUUGAUUUCUGUAAUUGUGGUGGUCUUAGUGACGGCGUUUAAUGACUAUUCCAAGGAGAGGCAGUUUAGAGGUCUUCAAAGUCGGAUAGAGGGAGAACACAAGUUCUCGGUGAUACGGCAAGGAGAAGUGAAACAAGUCUCCGUGUCUGACAUUGUUGUAGGUGACAUUUGUCAGAUAAAAUAUGGAGACCUGUUGCCUGCAGACGGUAUUCUUAUACAAAGCAACGAUCUCAAAGUGGAUGAAUCCAGUCUGACUGGAGAGUCAGAUCAUGUAAAGAAAGGGGAAUCGUUCGAUCCUAUGGUACUUUCAGGUACGCACGUGAUGGAGGGUUCCGGAAAAAUGUUAGUUUCUGCAGUAGGUGUUAACUCCCAGGCGGGUAUUAUCUUUACCUUACUGGGCGCUGCUGUUGAUCAACAGGAGCAAGAAAUCAAGAAAAUGAAGAAAGAGGCUAAAAAGCAGCGGAAGAAGAAGUCAUUACCAGGAGAGGAGUCGGUAGAGAUUACCGGGAACAGUCACGUGACGGGAGGCGGUGGAGGCGGCGGCGGCGGCGGCGGCGGUGGUGGAGGUGGCGGUGGCGGUGGCGGCGGCGGCGUCAAGCACGAGGGCGGCGAGAAUCAUCACGCGGCCCCACCCGCGAGCGCCGGGGAGAGCGGGAAGAAAGAGAAAAGUGUUCUGCAAGCCAAGCUAACUAAACUCGCCAUACAGAUCGGUUACGCCGGCUCGACCAUCGCGGUGCUCACUGUCGUCAUUCUAGUCAUACAGUUCUGCGUGACAACCUUCGUCAUGGAGGGCAAGCCGUGGCGAAACACGUACGCCGGUGAUCUGGUGCGGCAUCUGAUCAUCGGUGUCACGGUGCUCGUAGUCGCCGUGCCCGAGGGUCUUCCUCUAGCCGUCACCUUGUCGCUCGCUUAUUCUGUCAAGAAAAUGAUGAAGGACAACAAUCUGGUGCGUCACUUGGACGCCUGCGAGACGAUGGGUAACGCCACCGCCAUUUGCUCGGACAAGACCGGCACCCUGACCACGAACCGCAUGACCGUGGUACAGUCGUACAUAUGCGAGAAGAUGUGCAAGACAACGCCGAAUUUCUCGGACAUACCGAGCCACAUCGGCGAGCUGAUCUUACAAGCCAUCUCCAUCAAUUCGGCGUACACGUCGCGGGUAAUGGAGUCGCAGGACCCUACUGAAUUGCCGAUGCAGGUUGGCAACAAAACCGAAUGUGCCUUACUUGGAUUCGUACUAGCCCUGGGCAAGAAAUAUCAAACCGUGCGGGACGACUAUCCUGAGGAAACCUUUACGCGGGUGUAUACGUUUAAUAGCGUAAGAAAGAGCAUGUCCACCGUUAUCCCCAGAAAGGGUGGUGGAUUCAGGCUCUUCACCAAGGGCGCUUCCGAGAUCAUCAUGAAGAAAUGUGCCUUUAUAUAUGGUCGCGAGGGUCAUCUGGAGACGUUUACCAGAGAUAUGCAAGAGCGUCUAGUGAAGAACGUGAUCGAACCCAUGGCAUGUAACGGGCUGCGCACCAUCUCCAUCGCUUAUCGCGAUUUUGUUCCUGGCAAGGCGGAGAUCAAUCAAGUUCACAUCGACAACGAGCCCAACUGGGACGACGAGGAUAAUCUAGUGAACAACCUCACCUGCCUGUGCAUCGUCGGUAUCGAGGAUCCGGUACGUCCCGAGGUACCGGACGCGAUCAGAAAAUGCCAAAAGGCCGGCAUCACUGUGCGCAUGGUUACGGGUGACAAUAUAAACACCGCGCGGUCCAUCGCGCUCAAGUGUGGUAUCCUGAAGCCGAACGAAGACUUCCUCAUUCUGGAGGGCAAGGAGUUCAACCGCAGGAUCAGAGACAGCAACGGCGAGGUGCAGCAACAUUUGCUGGACAAAGUGUGGCCAAAGCUGCGAGUACUGGCCAGAUCGUCGCCCACCGACAAGUACACCUUGGUGAAGGGCAUCAUCGACAGCAAGUCAACCGAAAGUCGCGAGGUCGUGGCGGUAACCGGCGACGGCACAAACGACGGUCCGGCCUUGAAGAAGGCCGACGUCGGUUUUGCCAUGGGUAUCGCCGGCACAGACGUCGCCAAGGAGGCGUCCGACAUCAUCCUGACAGACGAUAAUUUCUCGUCGAUCGUGAAGGCGGUCAUGUGGGGCAGAAACGUCUACGACAGCAUCGCCAAGUUUCUGCAGUUUCAGCUGACCGUCAACGUGGUCGCCGUGAUCGUCGCCUUCAUCGGUGCUUGUGCCGUGCAGGACUCGCCGCUCAAGGCGGUGCAGAUGUUGUGGGUAAACCUAAUCAUGGACACGUUAGCGUCCCUCGCCUUGGCCACCGAAUUGCCUACGCCUGAUCUACUCCUCCGUAGACCGUACGGUCGCACAAAACCACUCAUUUCCAGGACAAUGAUGAAAAAUAUUCUCGGUCAGGCCUUUUAUCAGUUGGGCGUAAUUUUCUCGCUUCUUUUCGCCGGUGAUCUGAUGCUCGACAUCGACACAGGCCGCGGAGUGGCUGCGGCAGGCGGUGGGCCCACGCAACACUUCACCGUCAUCUUCAACACGUUUGUCAUGAUGACUAUCUUCAACGAAUUCAACGCCAGGAAAAUUCAUGGUCAACGCAAUGUCUUCCAGGGAAUAUUCACCAACCCCAUCUUCUAUUCGAUUUGGAUCGGCACGUGUUUCUCGCAAGUGGUCAUCAUACAAUACGGUAAAAUGGCAUUCAGCACCAGAGCGCUCACGUUAGACCAGUGGUUGUGGUGCCUGUUCUUCGGAAUCGGUACGCUAAUAUGGGGCCAAAUAGUUACGACUAUUCCUACACGCCGAAUUCCCAAAAUUCUUUCAUGGGGCCGCGGCCAGCCGGAUGAUAUCGGUGCGAUCAAUCUAGGAGACGAGAAAUUCGACCCCGACUCGGAUAAAAAGCCGCGUGCAGGACAAAUUCUAUGGAUCCGUGGUCUAACACGGCUACAGACACAGACGAGCAAUAGAACUCUGGUGCAGAAUGUAUCUGUGACAGGCAGAUCCCCUUCUCAGGAUUACUACAUGCUUCGAGUAAUCAGAGCGUUCAAGUCGACUCUGGAAGAUCUGGAGGAGCGUCGCUCUGUCCAUAGUUUACACAGCUUACACAGUAUGCGCAGUUCACGCAGCCACACCGGGCCCCGACCACUCUCUGACUUCACAUACAUUGACGAAGACCCGACAAACACCACCACCACCGCGCAGAACGCCGCCUACAACAAGUCCUCUAAUAGGAGUGCCGAGCCGAUGAUGAGUCAGGAUUACGAGACAAACUACAGAGGAUCCUCCAGGAUGCAACAACAGUCCCUCAACAGCCCCGCCUCGCCGUUGUUGCUGAGCGUGACCGGGCCGGCCAACGCGUACAAUCAUCAUUACACCAUCACCAAUACCAUCACCGACAAUAGAUCCCCCUCUAGUAACGCCCUUAAUCAGCCCCUGAGUCCCAAUCACAUGGCGCCGAUGAGCAGCAAUAGAGACAACACCGGGAAUUCCCUGCUUCUGAGUUCCAACAAUUUGGUCCUACCGGAGCUGACCAAGCUCGUGCACGAGACCAGCAUCUAAAGACUUCUUCUCUCUUCUCUGUGUAUCGUCUCAUUCCAUCCCUUUCCAUCCCCCCUCUCCAUCUUCUAUUUUUUUUUCCAUCGUCGAUUCGCGAUCCAGAGCUCAUUUCAUUUCAUCCCCUCGUCGUUUCUUGCUUCGAGUCUAUCUGUCCGUCCCUUAAUUCGAUAUCCCUUAUUGCGUUCCCUCCAUCCGUCAUUCUUCUCUCCCUCUACUGUGUAGAGGGAUUUGUACAUAUUCUGUCCCUGUAAUCUCUCGCCCUCGUAUGCUUCGCGAGAUCUCGCUCGAUCCUACGACCUCAUUCGAUCGGUAAAGAGAAGGCAGUAUCAUCGUCCACGUAAACGAUAUGGACUCAUUCUCGUUCUACGCGUUCACCAUCUACUUCUCUGCUUUUAAAAUACGUCUCGUCAUUCGUCUCUAUUUCCGCCACCUCUUUUCCGAGAGCGUACUUACCGGAACGAUCUUGCUCGUUUCGGUCGCCGAGUUCUCUGUCCUCCUUGAUUCUUUCUUCCGCCGCCCCUCUCUGCCCCUCUGACGAAAAACUUUUUACCACUCGCUCAACGGGGACGGCGGACCUGAUCUGAUCUCAAAGGGGUCGAAACGCGCCAAUUUGGAGGAUGUGCCUACACACACGAACAAAGCGCGACAUUCGCAAAUCGCGAGCUCUUGCUAAAAUCGUACGCUGUACUUAAGGCGCGAGCGUGACUCGAGGAGGAAAGGAGGGAGGAAUGGUUGCCAAAAUCGAGGGGAGAUUUUACUCCGCGGGUAUCGCGAUAGUUUGCGAAUGGCACGUUCUCGUGCAUGGGCUGUACACACACACACACAUAUAUAUAUAUAUGUAUAUAUGUGUGUGUGUAUAUCAAAUGGUAUACAGGGGUCCUGCUUUCAAGCGCUUCUUUCCCGUACCCCGACUCUGUGUUCAUCGGGUGAAAGUACUAUUUUCGCAUUUUGUAGGGUAGCGUUCUGGGGUUCAUCGUUCGUUGAACGACGGGCUGCGACGCGACUGUGCCAGCUGUAAAAAAAAAGGGAAGGGAAGCGCGAAAGCGGAAUCUAAUUGACGCGCAGCUCGCGUAACAAUACUCUCAGACACUCCUGAAAGUAAUUAACGCUAAUUAAUUAGUUACUUUGUAACAGUUACUUGUGUCUUUUAUCACGUCGUAGCUUGACGGCAGAUUUUUGUCUCAAGUAGUGUAUUAAGCGGAGAGACAUUUCUAAGUGCUACCAUAAGAUAUUAAUAAACAGGAUGUUCACUUUUUUAAGAGUUUUUUCUAGAUAAAGAUUUUGUACGUUCCAUUGAAAUGGCAAUCGUGUCAAACAGCAAACUGUCGCAGCCCGUGUAAAGUCUGAUAUUAAAUAUAAACGACCAAAUCGAUUAUCAUAGAAGGAUGACGAUUGUACGACGAUGUCCGUACAUGAAAAUAGUAUUUUAUCCGUAUACUUGACAAACGUAGACGGCGCUUAAGUGCUUGUCCGCUUAUCAACCGACCUCGUACAACCGUUUACUUAUUUAUCUACCUAUCUUAUACUACUGACCAAUAAUUGGUGACGAAAAUGACUUAACUUUACUUUAUGACUAUGUGCUGAUCUAUUAUUGUACAGAAAAAAUUCUAGAUAAUGUCUAUCUUUCCCUCUUGUGACGAAAGACCAUUUUUUUCUUGUUAAGUAGUAAGAGUCUAUUAAUAGCAAAUUUUAUUAUACGUCCAAGAUAAGAUAAUUUUUUUCUAAAUUAAUUGUCUAUUCCAAGAAAAACUGUCCUUCAUCCGAAGAAUCUAUUCGUACACAAUGUUUCUUCCUUUCGGGAAGUCUCUUCGCUCGAGCGUUCGCCAAUUUGACGGUCAGCAGUGAUCACCCGUCACUCGUUUGCUUGCCUGUUUGAGAUUGAAUGUGAAUGUGUCUGUUCGUUCGAUGACUGCGCGAUGCGACCGAUGACGAUCCAACGGAUCGUCGAGGACGACAAGGACGUCACGGACGAUAAUCUACCUCGACAGAGAUAAAUCCUCGCGGACUAACACUUCUAACUGCCCUUCGCGAGUGCGACUAACAAAGAAGAGAACUUAUCUUCCGCCCCCGGCCCGAGGGGGAAUAAAAGACGCGCGUUUCGACGCCGCACGAGCGACAGAUAAUCGCUCGAUCGCGAUCGACAAUCGAAAGGUAUCCGAGAAGGUGUCCAUUUACCACGAAUCUUCUCGCGUAUACGCGACGUCGCGUCGGAAAACGUAUACGCGACUCGAGGCUGAAUGUACUUACAUCUUCACCGUCACGCCUCGAUCUCUUCUAUCUUCACAGCUUCACCGUCACUCUCGCGAGCGGGCCUGGUCCACGUGUCGCUGGUCCUCAAGCAGAAAAUCAAGAAUAAUUAGACUUAAGGGAGUUAGAGCCGAAUUUUUCGAUAAGGUACAUCCAUCUAAUUUUAAUCGCAAUCGAUUUUUAUAAAAUCCAAUCUAUUCUUUCCAACUUAUAUAUUUCAGAAGUAUACUAAUAUCUUUGACAUCUUAAAUUAUUCUCUAAUCUAUAAAGAAAAACUUCUAAAUGUGCCAUAGAGAAGACGAAUAUCCUAAAUAGAAGUAACUUACUAUUUCUCAUGUUUAUCUUUAUGGGAGAAAAUUUAGCGCUUACCUAAACGUGUGAUUUAAAUAUAGGCCGCUUCACGAUUCAUCCAGCCCCGUCUCGAGUCCUUUCUUCUCGGCGUGUCUCCUUUGUGACUACCUUCGAGCAUUCAUUCAUCUCCCUCUGUCUCUUUUUCUCUUAUCUGUGUCUCUUCUUGGCUGUCUCGAAGAACCAAAUUCCGCCGGAUGAUCCAAACGGAUAGGACCCAAUCUCUUUCUUUCUCUCCUUUUCUCUUUUUCUCUCUUUCUCUCUUUCGACUACUCGAGACGAAUCGCGGGGGCUCAGAGCGUUGGGAAUCGUCGUCCGACAGAGAAAUCCCGUCCCCACUUUCUCGUUCGAGUGAAAAAGAAGAAAUAAGAGAAAUAAGUAAGAGGAAAAGUUGUCUAGCCGAAAGUACGAUGAGGAAGGAAAUUAAUGGUGUGACCGCAAACUAUAUGCAGGACGGUUACCGCUCGUUAUCAAUGUUCUUUGCCGAGCGUCGAAUGUGACCGAACGGCGAAUGAAUAUAUAUAUACACGCGACGACGAGAUGUAUGACGAUGUCGUUAUGGACGGAGAGACGGAGGAGCAUUCUCGCUCUCGAUAUUGUAAUGUAAGUUAUUUAAUUUUACUCAACUCGUGUCAACGCGCGCGCUCCUCAUUUAUUUAUGAAUCUUGUAACUUAAAGACGAGGGAGCCCCCGUGCCGCGGGGGGUUGCGAGCGCGAUCUUCCCCGAUAAAACGCGCCGACCGAGAUUCGUCGUCGAUCGGCAUUUCCAGGGAAUCGCCACCGCGUGAGUUUUCGUGGUCCCGGGAUGACGGAGACCGACGCGCGCAAUCCCGACAGGGGUUGCCCAAGUUCCGGCGCCGUUUCCUUCGCUCCUUUCAACCGUUGUGCGCGAAACGAGACGUACACUUUCCCCCCCGUCGGAAAAUUCGAAUUUACGUCGGUUUCGAUUCCCGCUGGUUCGCCACGUUCCAUUUUCCCGCGAGGAGGGGAAUAUCCUCCGCUUGGAAACGAAAGAAUGUACUUAAACCGUCGGAUCUCGUUAUCUACGUUGGCUUUAUUUAUCCCGCUGCCGCUCCUUCCUCGGUUUUCUCCGUCUUAUCUCUUUGUGUUCUCCGUGUCUUCCUCGAGACGUCGAGGCCACUCAAAAGGCGGAAAGGUUUAUUUUACAAAUGUAAUUUAUUUUACGUGAUAAGGUUAAUCGACACUGGGAUAAUUGUGACUACGCGACAUUUUCCAACGAAUUAAACUUUAAUAUCGAUAUUAAAGUUUUCAGUUUGUUCGUUAGAUUAAAUAUUUUCAAUGGACUCAUUUGAAAUUUUAAUGUUGGAAAUUAUGUCGCGGUGCCGCGAUUAUCACUGUCACGGUUAUCUUCCCCCUCCCUCCCCAUCCCUCUUUCCAGCCUCUCGUUCGAGGAUUGACGAGAUACGCGAGAUUCGAUCGCCGGAAGACGGAACGUGGGAUUGCCGAGGAUCCUUCCUACUUUUUGUUUUCCUCCCUCUUUCUUUUUGUAACCAGUCAGUAACUUAAUUCGACAAAUCGAACACGACAAGACGUCGUUGAUUUUAAAUGUGUCUGCUACUGCCAGCGCGUUAACCCACGUCGAGAAAAGUAAGGAUAAAGAUAUACAAAGGAUAUACAAACACAAUGCAGAACUAGAAGGAGCUGUGAAAAAAAAAAAGAAAUAAAACACUUAGUCGUUAGGUCUUCUCCUGGUUGCGACGUUUCGGCCGCCCCUGUAUAACGCGACGUAAGGGCCCCCCGCUGAGCAGAACACGAAUACGAGUUCGAACGGGCCGACAAUCAUCAUCCGCGCGAUGAAAUU